AUGGCCCUCGGGGCUUGCUGCGAGCCUUUCCAUUAUCGCUGCGACGAAGUGAAUCGAGUAUGCGUGCCCAGAACCGCUCAGAGAAAUCCGCAGCAGCAGAGCUAUCAGCAGCAGCAGAGCAGUCAGCAGCAGCAGAGCAGUCAGCAGCAGCAGAGCAAUCAGCAGCAGCAGAGCAAUCAGCAGCAGCAGAGCAAUCAGCAGCAGCAGCAGGAUCCUUCCCGGUGGAAUAGAUUAAGAACUUCUGUGUUCGGAACUUCUGGGUCCGGAACUUCUAGGCUCAGAAAUUCUAGGCUCGGAACUUCUAGGCUCGGAACUGCUGUGUUGAGAACCAUGAGACGCCCGUGA